AUGGCUUCCGGAGAGGACGCGCUCGGUGCUUAUCGCCUCCCACGGCCCUUGCCGCUCUGGCUCAAUGCCGCCUACGCACGGCACAUCGUCAAAGGCAAUUUCAUGACCCUCAGUGCCCGCCCCAGGACGGUCGAGCCGGGUGAGUGGAUCGCACAUCAAGUUGUUGAACAUUACCGGAAUCUGUGGAAUUUCGUACGUGUCAUCUUCGAGAAGGAAGAUGAUGGAUCGAGUAUCUGCAAUGCUACCACUUGCCCUCGCAUGUCUGCUGGAGCGAAUCACUCCUAUACCUGGCUCAAUGCGCGGCGUGAACCAGUCGAGAUCCCAGCUCCAGAGUAUGAGAUGAUGAUGCAGCAGUGGAUCUCACGAAAGAUCGAUGACCCAAGCCUCUUUCCCACCGAUGCAUCAGGCGUGUCCUAUCAGCCCAACCAGGCCUUCUCCACUCCCCUCUCUGAUCUGUCGGGAGCCUCUGAAGGCUGGGUCGGGAAGCGAAGUGGCUUCCCCAAGGAAUUCUUUGGUGUCUGCCAGCAGAUCUUCCUGCAGAUGUUCCGCGUCUAUGCUCACUUGUACUGGGCCCAUUUCCUCGACUUCUAUCACCUCAACCUGGAGAAGUCGCUCAACAGCUGCUUCAGUCACUUUAUCCUCACGGCAACUGCCCUGGACAUGCUGGCACCGCAGGAUGUCGAGCCCAUGCAGCCUCUGAUCGACCUCUGGGCUGCCAACGGCACCUUCCCGCCCGAAUCGAAGGCCUAUACCUUUGCCAACCUACAGGCUGGUCAACAACUCCUCCAUCUUGCUGGUGUAUCUUGA